CACCCCCAUUUCAUCAUUCACAUUAAAGACUGGAAACUAUUUUCACUGUCUUCUGUUUUCUUCAAUUUUCCUGCGUAAACAAAGCCAUGGCUGGAACAACAUUCUCUCUUCCCAUUCUCCCCUUCGUGCUGAUGCUUUUGCUCUGCAAUGCUGGAGGGAUGAUCAAAACGGCUAACGCACAGGAUAAAACCUGGUGUGUUGCAAAGCCAUCAGCAACUGAUGCUGAACUGUCUGCAAAUCUUGAAUUUGCUUGUGUUCAUGUUGAUUGCACGACCAUACAACCAAAUGGACCCUGCUUCAACCCCAAUACCUUCAUAAAUCAUGCAUCAGUUGCUAUGAAUCUUUACUACAGUUUCCAUGGCAGAAACCUUUGGAAUUGUGACUACCAGAAGUCUGGUCUCAUUACUAAAACUGAUCCAAGUUAUGGGACCUGCCAAUAUGCUUAGUGGGUGCACAAGGUUCUGAAGAAUUUAUGAGCAUGGUUGUAUGAUAAGCUGGAGAAGUCUCCUUGCUGCACUUUCCAUGAACUUCAGCUUUAUCUAUAAUAAUAAUAAUAAUAAUAAUAAUAAUAAGAAGAAGAAGAAGAAGAAGAAGAAGAAGAAGAAUGUUCAAGGUAUUUGGCAUAGGCUUCUUUAGUCUCAGGAUUAACAUAAUUUUAUUCAAUUUUCUUUCAAACAUUAUUGCAUCAUAAACAGAGUUCCAAAUCAAAAAUAAAAUUAACUACCAAUUCAAUAUGAAACAUAAGCAGUGUGGUAAUUCGAUGCUUUCUGAGAAGGCAACUAUGCAACAAGAUUUUCAAGAGAAUGCAUGCACAAUUGAAAGAUAAAUAAUGAUCUUAUUAAAGAACUUCUAUGCUCUUUAUAGUUUAUGCUCUCAUUUUGAAAGCAAGUUUCCAGAAACCAAAACAGGCCCUUAAAAAGUAUCGAGUAAUAAUGCUAAAGUAGAA